AUGCCUGAUCCCCACCCCCGAAGAUAUUCCGACUCCCAGGAUGCCGAAUCACCGACUGUCAAUGAGCAUGCCGCGCCUGCAACACAUUCGUGGAGGUACUGGGUGCUUUUUGGUACUCUCUGUCUCAGCGGGUUCGCUGUGACGAUGGAAGGCAGUAUUGUGGUCACAGCCUUGCCUACCAUAGCCCGGGACUUAGACACCACUGAGUAUGUAUGGGUGACCAACUGUUACACUCUCGCCUCUACCAUUUUCCAACCUUUGGUUGGCUGGAUGGCCGAGGUGUUCGGGCGUAAACCGAUCAUGCUUGGCAGUGUCCUUGUGUUCGGCGUGGGCAGCGCUAUGGCAGGGUCGGCACAUUCGCUCGGCCUCAUUCUGGCCGGACGAACCAUCCAGGGUUUGGGGGGCGGUGCUAUUCCAUUGAUGGCUGAGCUGAUUAUUAGCGAUCAGCUACCUCUAGCUCAGCGGCCGCAAAUGUUAGGAAUGGUCAUGGCCACCUCGUGUCUAGGGUUAGUGUGUGGACCCAUCCUCGGUGGAGUGAUCGUCCAACAUAGUACUUGGCGCUGGAUCUUUUAUCUCAACGUCCCCUUCGCCGGAGCCUCUAUCAUCUGUUUGUUUCUGAUGCUCGGCCAUCGGACGGCUGCGCAGAAGAGUGCAUUCAAGUCGCUUCGAGUCACCGCGAAGCAAUUUGAUUGGCUCGGUAACUUCCUGCUCCCUACCUCCAGUGUUGCUAUACUCCUUCCCUUGACAAUGGGAGGCCAGAUGUAUUCCUGGAAUUCAGCACGGGUUAUUGUUCCACUGGUGUUAGGAGGCUGUGGCCUGCUCGGGUUCGGCAUCUACGAGCAUAACUGGGCGGCGGAUCCCUUGAUUCCAACCCGACUACUGUCUAAUCUCUCAUCCGUCUCUCUCCAGUCUCAGAGCUUCAUCCAGAGCAUGCUUAUCAUGUGGGUCAACUACUUCCUGACCGUGUAUUUCCAGGCGGUUUUGGGAGUUUCGACCCAGCAAGCCGGGUUUGACCUCAUGCCCACUAUUGCAGCACUUGUUGUGUUCUCCAUCGUUGGGGGUGUUAUCAUGUCCCGGCUCCAUGGCCUCGGGGCUCUGUUCAAUAAUGCUAUUGCCUUUACGAUGAUGUCAAUUGGUCUAGGAUGCUUUACACUCCUGACUUCCACCACUCCGAUCGCGGUGUACGUCAUACUACAAAUUAUCGUUGCCGGCGGUAACGGGCUGCUCCUAGCCACCCUUCUACCAAAUGCGCAGGCCCAGUGUGAUCCCAAAGACUUGACAGCGGUCACUUCUCUGUUCAACUUCCUGCGCAGCUUCGCUCUGGUUUGGGGUAUGACUAUUCCGUCCAUCAUCUUCGACCAGACUGUAGAUAGAAACUUGAGCCUGGCGCCCGCGGACCUCCGUCCUUUGAUGAACGGGUCAGGCGCCUACAUUCGAGCGAGUCAAUCGUUCAUAGAUUCAUUACAGGGUACGGCCAAGGAGCAAAUAUUGGCACUCUACACGCGAGCCCUACGGGCAACUUGGUGGGGUGCCAUGAGCUUUGCGUUGCUAGGACUUGUUAUGGUAGCCUUUCAACGGCCAGGAAGAAACUCGAAUAACCCAGUAUCACCACAAAGUGAUGAUCAGAGCAAUAAAGCUCAGAGCGAGAAGCAUGUACCACAAUCCUAG